GGCCUGAGGCCUGGGCCGGUGGGAGAGGAGUCGCGUCCAAGAUGGCGGCGUGCGGACGUGUCCCGGCGCGGAGCCGCGUCCGGGGCCCUUUCCUGGCGCUGCUGCUGGUGGCCCUGGGCCCGGGGAGGGCCCAGCCCGGAGGGGCGGCCGCGGGAGGCUUCGCGGGGCAGGCCCAGCCCCCUCAGCAGGCCGCCAUUCAGCAGCAACAACAACAACAGCCACCCCCACAGCCGCCCCCUCAGCCGGGGAGAGGGCCUCGCCUUGGUGGUGGCGGCGCCUCGUCCUCUUCCUCGGGAGGGUGGAAGCUGGCCGAGGAGCCCGCCUGCCGCGAGGACGUGAGCCGCGUCUGCCCCAAGCACGCCUGGGCCAACAACCUGGCCGUGCUCGAGUGCCUCCAGGACGUCAGGGAGCCGGACAAUGAGAUUUCAUCGGACUGCAACCAUCUGCUGUGGAACUACAAGCUGAACCUGACUGCAGAUCCGAAAUUCGAAACGGUGGCCAGAGAAGUCUGCAAAACCACCAUCUCAGAGAUCAAAGAGUGUGCCGAUGAGCCAAUGGGAAAAGGCUACCUCGUUUCCUGCUUGGUGGACCACAGAGGAAACAUCACGGAAUACCAGUGCCACCAGUACAUCACCAAAAUGACAGCUGUCAUUUUCAGCGACUACCGCCUGAUCUGUGGCUUCAUGGACGACUGUCGGAAUGAUAUCAAUCUCCUGAAGUGCGGCAGCGUCCGGCCCGGCGAAAAGGAUGCCCAUUCCCAAGGUGAAGUUGUGGCUUGCCUGGAGAAAGGCCUGGUGAAGGAGGCAGAGGAAAGGGAGCCCCGGAUCAGGGUCUCGGACAUCUGCAAGAAGGCCAUCCUUCGCGUGGCGGAGCUCUCUUCCGACGACUUCCACCUGGACCGGCACCUCUACUUUGCUUGCCGGGACGAUCGGGAGCGUUUCUGUGAAAACACUCAAGCUGGAGAAGGACGGGUUUACAAGUGUCUCUUUAACCACAAAUUUGAAGAGUCGAUGAGUGAAAAGUGUCGCGAUGCCUUGACAACACGGCAAAAGCUGAUUGCACAAGACUACAAGGUCAGCUACUCCUUGGCAAAGUCCUGCAAAAGCGACCUGAAGAAGUACCGCUGCAACGUGGAGAACCUGCCUCGCUCCCGGGAGGCCCGCCUCUCCUACCUGCUCAUGUGCCUGGAAUCUGCCGUGCACAGAGGUCGGCAGGUGAGCAGCGAAUGCCAGGGAGAAAUGCUGGACUAUCGGCGCAUGUUGAUGGAGGACUUCUCGCUGAGCCCGGAGAUCAUCCUCGGCUGCCGCACCGAGAUUGAGCACCAUUGCUCGGGUCUGCACCGCAAGGGCCGCACCCUCCACUGCCUCAUGAAAGUCGUGCGGGGAGAGAAGGGCAGCCUGGGAGUCAACUGCCAGCAGUCGCUUCAAACGCUUAUCCAAGAGGCAGACCCGGGUGCCGAUUACCGCAUCGACAGAGCUUUGAACGAAGCCUGCGAAUCCGUGAUACAGACGGCCUGCAAGCACAUCCGCGCCGGAGACCCCAUGAUCCUUUCUUGCCUUAUGGAGCACUUAUACACAGAGAAGAUGGUGGAGGAUUGCGAGCACCGGCUCCUGGAGCUUCAGUACUUUAUUUCACGGGAUUGGAAGUUGGACCCGGUCCUGUACCGCAAGUGCCAGGGUGACGCCUCCCGGUUAUGCCACACGCGCGGAUGGAACGAGACCAGCGAGAUGAUCCCUCCGGGGGCCGUCUUCUCCUGCCUCUAUCGGCAUGCCUAUCGCACCGAGGAGCAAGGCCGGAGGCUCUCCAGGGAAUGCAGAGCCGAAGUCCAGCGCAUCCUGCACCAGCGCGCCUUGGACGUGAAACUGGAUCCGGCCCUCCAGGACAAGUGCAUGAUCGACCUGGGAAAGUGGUGCAGUGAGAAGACGGAGACGGGACAGGAACUAGAAUGCCUCCAGGACCAUUUAGACGACUUGGUCGCUGAGUGCCGAGACAUCGUUGGGAACCUGACGGAGCUGGAGUCGGAGGAUAUCCAGAUCGAAGCUUUGUUGAUGCGGGCUUGCGAGCCCAUCAUCCAGACCUUCUGCCACGAAAUGGCAGACAACCAAAUCGACUCUGGAGACCUCAUGGAGUGCCUCAUUCAGAACAAACACCAGAAGGAGAUGAAUGAGAAGUGCGCCAUCGGAGUCACGCACUUUCAGCUGGUUCAAAUGAAAGAUUUCCGGUUCUCGUACAAAUUCAAAAUGGCCUGCAAGGAGGACGUGCUGAAGCUGUGCCCCAACAUCAAGAAAAAGGUGGAUGUGGUGAUCUGCCUGAGCACCACAGUGCGCAACGACACGUUGCAGGACGCCAAGGAGCACCGGGUCUCCGUCAAGUGCCGCAAGCAGCUCCGGGUCGAGGAGCUUGAAAUGACUGAGGAUAUCCGAUUGGAACCGGACCUUUACGAGGCAUGCAAGUCGGACAUCAAGAACUACUGCCAGAACGUUCCCUACGGCAAUGCUCAGAUUAUCGAGUGCCUGAAGGAGAACAAGAAGCAGCUGAACACCCGCUGCCACCAGAAAGUCUUCAAACUCCAAGAGACAGAAAUGAUGGACCCAGAGCUGGAUUACACUCUCAUGCGGGUCUGCAAGCAGAUGAUUAAGAGAUUUUGCCCCGAGGCCGAUGCAAAGAACAUGCUGCAGUGCUUGAAACAGAACAAAAACAGUGAAGUGAUGGAUCCCAAGUGCAAGCAAAUGAUCACCAAGCGCCAGAUUACUCAGAACACAGAUUACCGCCUGAACCCAGUCCUCCGGAAGGCCUGCAAAGCGGACAUCCCCAAAUUCUGCCAGAGCAUCCUGAGCAAAGCCAAGGACGAUUCGGAGCUGGAGGGACAGGUCAUCUCCUGCCUGAAGCUGAAAUACGCAGACCUGCGCCUCUCUCCCGACUGCGAAGACCAGAUCCGCGUGAUUAUUGAGGAGUCAGCCUUGGACUAUCGGUUAGACCCUCAGCUGCAGAUGCACUGCUCAGAUGAGAUUUCCAGCUUGUGCGCAGAGGAAGCGGCCGCCCAGGAGCAGACGGGGCAGGUUGAAGAGUGCCUGAAAGUCAACCUGCUGAAAAUUAAAGCAGACAUGUGCAAAAAGGAGGUGCUGAACAUGUUGAAAGAGAGCAAAGCGGACAUCUUUGUUGACCCCGUCCUCCAUACGGCCUGUGCCCUGGACAUCAAGCACCAUUGCGCGGCCAUCCCGCCGGGACGGGGGAGACAGAUGUCCUGUUUGAUGGAGGCCCUGGAGGACAAGCGUGUGCGGCUACAGCCGGAGUGUAAGAAGCGCCUUAACGACCGGAUUGAAAUGUGGAGCUAUGCCGCCAAGGUUGCUCCCGCGGAAGGCUUUUCGGACCUCGCCAUGCAAGUGAUGACCUCCCCCUCCAAGAACUACAUCCUGUCGGUGAUCAGCGUGGGCAUCUGCGUCCUCUUCCUCAUCGGCCUGAUGUGUGGGCGCAUCACCAAGCGAGUGACACGAGAGCUGAAGGACAGAUUGACCAAGACUGGCGCGUUUUGGGAAUGAGGGAUGUGCCGCACGUGUGCCAGAGAGAGGGCCCUCCUGCAGCAACGAGAGAGACAGCAAAUGGUUACCUGACCAUUAAAACGGGCAUGGGCAAACUUCGGCCCUCCAGGUGUUCUGGACUUCAACUCCCACAAUUCCUAACAGCCGGUAGGCUGUUAGGAAUUGUGGGAGUUGAAGUCCAGAACACCUGGAGGGCCGAAGUUUGCCAUACCUAUUUUAAAGCAAACAUAACAUUAACAAGAAGGUCUUCUUCUUUUUGUAAAUUGAUUCCCCCCUCCUUCCCUUCUUUUCUGUGUACAAAAAAUACUUGGCCAUCCUUUGUUUUUACCAUGUCCAUGCUGUGUAAUUUUGGAACUGUUACUGAUAACUGAACAUAAUGUGCAUUUUUUUCUUUCUGUACAGAUGAACUGGGAGAAUUUAAUAAAAAAGAGUCUGCAGGUUC